UAUUGUGAGCGCCAUGUUGUGUUGAAAAGAAGCAGGUAGUAAAUAAACUACGCACCCGAAAAUUUAUUUACCAAAGCUAGGUUUUUGGCUAUAUAAAGGGCUGCAAACAAAAUAUAAACAUUAUUUCUAUUUUAGAAACCAAAAACACAGUGUCGACCGCGAGGUCUAGCAAAUAAUAAAAGAGUUUACGUUAAAAUAAAAAAUAAAUCAGCAAUUUAUAUAUUAAUAUCAUGGAAGCAGAAAAAGUUGUUGAGAAAUCAGCUGCCGAGAAAUUAGCUGAACGUAAGGAGCGUUUGCGGUCACUGCACAAACAGCGCCAAGAAGCACGUACACAAAAUCAUCAUGAAGUAAUUGCUGAAGAUGCCCGCAAAAAGCUACCAAAUAACUGGGAAUCGCGUCGAAGGCAAGCAGAGUGGCUGUUGGCUGAUGAUCAAGCACGAGAAGAGGCCAAAGCGCAAGGAAAAGAUUAUGACCGUCUAAAGCUAUUAUCCGUUUCAGCAGUUGAUGCAGAGCGCAUUGAGAAAAAGAAACGCAAACGGAAUCCCGAUUUAGGUUUUUCCACAUUUGAGGCACAAACAGCGCGUCAAUACAAUCGCUUGGUCAAGAAUUUACCGCCACGGGAUAUGGCUAAAUAUGAGCAGCAGAAAGAGGAAUUAGGUGAAGCAUUUUAUGGUGGACCUAAUACUAUAUUACAGGGUUUGGUGAAAGAUAAGAAAUCAUCCAUUGAUAAUAUGGCAAAAGAUUUGGAACAACAAAUUGAACGUAGAAAGAAAUAUUCCCGUAGACGCACAUACAACGAUGAUGCAGAUGUUGACUUCAUUAACGAACGUAACUCGAAAUUCAACAAGAAGCUGCAUCGUUUCUACGGCGAACAUACGGCGGAGAUCAAACAGAAUUUGGAACGCGGUACAGCAAUUUAAUAUGUUAUAUGCUUUAAUUAUUUACUAUGUUGUAAAAUAUUGCAAUUAGCUGUAAGAAAACAACUUAUGUACAUAUAGUAUGUAUAUAAAUAAAUAAAAAUUGUUGUACACAAUAAUAAGUUGAUUUUUAAUCUCGAAACUAUCGAUAGUUACUAAUAUUAAAUAUACAUUUA